UAACACGAACUUGCAACCAGGAAGUGCUGUGGGGAAUCCCGCAUGUGAACUUUGAGGUUGUGUUCAUUCUCUGCACGUCUGGUUUCUUCCUGUGUGAACAGAUCCAGCUCCUUUACAGCUGAGAGCAGCAAAAGCCUCAGAAGCUUCCACCUCUCACAUACUACAGCCCAGGAUCCCACUUCUGCACCGCAGCCAGCCGCUGCUGCCCUGCAAAGACAAUGUUCGCCCUAGAUUUGACCAAAUCCCUGCCGAGGAGGUGCAUGAGAAAUACAAGGAGCAAGGGGAGAGGCGGGAGGACGGAUGAAGACGGCUCUGUCCUGUCACUGACACGGCUUUGUCUGCUCAGCCUCGCCGACAACAUGAAGGACGUGUGGGUGAAAGACUACGCUGACAAAUACCUGGAUCAGUAUUCAUUCAGGCACAUUAUGGGACCUUUCAACUUACUGCCUGGAGAACUGGUUGAGGAGCUCACGCAGCUGCUGUGCACCAGAAAACAAUUGUCCCGCGCGGCCCUCCACCUCCUGCUGGUCCCCCAACUCCGUGGCCUGUCACUGGAAAGCUGUCCUGGUCUGGUCACCUCCGCCCUCUGUGCCCACAUUACUGCACGCUGCCAGGGUCUGUGUAGACUGGAUCUAUCUGGGGCCCAGCAGCUGCCCUCGAAGGUCCUGUGUGAAACCCUCUGCUGUCUGCCUGCCCUCCGCUCGCUCUCCCUGGCUGGUAUGCCUUGUGACGCAUGUGUGAUCAGCACGAUUGCCCACCACUGUCGUUUGCUGCGCCACCUCGAUGUAUCCUGCUGUCAUUUCCUUUCCCCUGCUGCACUACUUCCUCUUGGAGGUGGUGCCUUCUGCUCGACCUCUGCUCGUCCUUCAAGCUCAUCAUUUUGCCGCACCUCUACAGCUCCACCUCCUAGUUCCUCUUUCACCUCUGCCCACUCACCCUCCGUCUCUUCAGCCCUGCCUCCUCUCCCCCUCAGUAGUCUACUGGCUCUGGAUAUUGGGUUUGGGGAAGAAGAUGGAGACAAUGCGGUGGCUGCAGCCUACCUACUACUCUCUCUGCCUGAGCUGGAGAGAGUGGCCAUGGAGGGCCUUGCACAGGCCUGCUGUCUCAUUGAGCACAGAGAGUUUAAGCAGACAGACGAGUUCAGUUACAGAGAGGGAGUUCCGAGGCUGGAAGAGGUGUGGAGGGAGAGGAGGAACAGGCAGGGGAUCGAUAGUUGGAGGAAGGAGAGAGAAGGUGCAGCAGCAGGGGUUGAGGAACAUGUUGAUGAGGAGGAGAUAUUAUGGAACGACUAUUGUGAUGAGAGUGAGAAGGAUGCAUGUACAGAUGAGGAGCCAAGUUGCUCUCUGAAACAAGCAGAGGAAAAAAAGCGAGGGAGAGUUUUGUCAGAGUCCGGUGAUGAACACCUGAUCCUGCACCUAAAAGAUGUCAAGGGUGUUACUUGGGACUGUCUGGAGAGUUUAAGCCGUUUAUGUCCAGACAUCUGCUCCAUAUCCAUGAACGCUGAUGAUGAAUCAGGUACAGGGAGAAGGCAUGGGCCUGUGUUAGCUGCAGCCCUCCAGACAUGGUCAGGCCAGCUGCUGAGCCUCUCAGUACAAUACCCUGGCCCUCUGGUGGAUCUGCUUCCUGCCAUCCAAGUUGUAGGCUCCUCCCUGGUCUCUCUCACCUUGGAGGGUGUGAAAACCAGCCCCCAAACCCCUCUACUGGAGGUCAUCAAGUCCUGUCCCAGACUCAGAGACCUACUCAUCAUUGCUGAGCCUCCCAUCAUGCCAGAGGAGGAAAAUGGGGAAUGGGAUCGGUGGGAUGAUCGGGAUCUGCCACAGCUGCCUCACCUCUGCUCUCUCACACUCAAAUUCUCUUACAGUCACAGCCAAAUGAAACCUGCCAUGUGCUGGAUGUCCCUGAGGAAGACGCUCAAGUGUCUCUUUAUUGGUUCUCCUUUACUGGAGAACCUCACACUGGUCUCCCUGCCGUGCCCUCUGGACUGUGUUUUACAGCGUGUAUUGGGCCCACACCUUAACCCCCGUAUGGACUCUACAGACGUGCCCCCCGUGCCACUCAGACGAGUACAGCACUUUACACUGCAGCGGACAGAUGUGACGAUGGUAACAGUGAAAAACAUAAUACAACACAGCAAGAGACUCAGGCUGGUGGAUGUGAGAUACUGCUGGCAGAUCAGUAAGGUUGAGUGGCUGAGCUGCAUGAAGUCCAGUGAAGUCCAGGUGGUCUGGGUGUAAAGAAGAAAGUGUGUUGUUUUGAAUUCAAAUAGAACAAGCACUCACACCCACAAACGGUGUCAUCAGACACAUGUGUAACCUCAGACUGUUUAAAAACAACAUAAUUUGUAAAUUUAGAUAAUGUAUGGAGAGCUGAAAGAAAUGGUGGGUUGCGCUCGUUCUGGCUCAAUACGGUUGGCAGAGUGCGCUGCAAAUGAUAGAGACACAGAGAAGAGAAGUAAAUUACUGACAGGUAAAAACUGUAAAAAAAAAUACAGGAAGACGCAAUCAAAGCUCUACUCAACAUAUUGAUAGGCUUAGGUUUUUCUCUUUAUGAAAACCACUCACGCGCUCUGAGCCCAACUGAAUGCAAAACGUGAUCUAUCAAAGCAAAAAGAAGAUCGUGUUGGUCUGAUUAUUUGUGCUUAAUCAGAGCAAUAAAAUGAGUAGUUUCCUGGAGUUUCCCUUUUGAUAAGAGAUAAAAACAAGAAGACCAGGCCAGAGUAGGUCACAUGACAUAUUACGAUAUCAAAGUUGUACAGUGUUGUGCAAAUGCAGCCUCCUCGUCUGUUAAUCGAUGCUGAUUUCAGCAUCAAAAAUGAGAACUGACAACAAGUAAAAGAAAUCAUCGAUGAGAUCUGCAUUGCAAACAGUUGUAAUAAACGUUAUGUUCACAGUGAAUAGUAGGUUAGGUAAUUAGUGCCAAAUUAACAAUGAAAAACGAUAAUUAUAAUAAUAAAAAUUACAUUUAUCUUGUAUGUUUGUUAUGUUGAAGUCUGACAAGCGACUGAAUACAAUCACAACUUUUCUUGUUGAAUAUUUUGUGUCAUUAAUCUGAAUCUGCAACAUGAACAAGAACAAGUGAAAGUUUCAGACUAAAACUAAACUAAAAUUUCUAGGACUGCAAGGCAGCACUGAGCGGGCCCGGGCACAUGCAGUUUGAAGCGUUGCAUGCGUUUUGCCUGGUUUCACAGAGGAUGAUAAGACGGUAAUACACCUGGUUGCACACACAGCUGGACUGACAUUUAGCUGUGACACCAGCAUCAGGAGAUCGUGACCUCUGUAAAUAUUUUUUUUUUUUUUAAAAAGGAAAUUAAAUUAAAUGAAUCCUGCGCCGAAGCAGUUCGCUUUGGUGCAGGAUGUGCGCAGACGACUUCUGCGCAGGAAGUAAAUAAAUAAUAAAUUAAAUAAAAAUUAAUGAAAAGUAAAUUUUAACCACUUUCUAAUUUUCUGCAAAUUUGGGUGGCCAAUUGUCAAAUUUCAACCACACCACAAACAAUAUAGUAAACAGUAUCAUCAUAUAUCGAUUUGUUACUGAUGCCAUGCUUAGAAUCACGUACAGAGAGAUGAGGAAUUAUGAUUUAUGUCUCAUGAAAUAUCAUCGGUUCCUCUUAUUUGCUCUUACUGAUUUUAAACGUUAGAACUUUAACUGUUGACUAGUAAAAACUAUAGUUUAAAAUUGGUCAAAUUCUCACCCAAAUUAAGAAGAAAUGGAAUCCAUUAUAAGUUUCAUUCAAACAGUACCCAACCCUAGACACGGGUCUCAAAUUGUAUUCAUAAUGGUCUUGCUAUAAUGAGUCAUACAAAUCUUAAACAAAUGACAGUAUAUUACUCCAAAGUCAGUAUUUAUAUGAAAAUGUGAAUUAAAGGAAAUUCUCUGUGUGUGUACUAAUUCAGUGAUAUUCCUGACAAAUGUUGAUUUAAUAAUAGAGCUUUUCCAGUUUUUACAUCAGUAUUAAAUGAUCAAAAUAAAGUGAUGAUGUAAAUAAAUAUACUGAAUCUUAGGGCGGUUCCUUAAAAAAAAAAAGAAGAAGUAGAAAAUGAAUCUCUUGUUGAACUCUACGGUCAAUGGUAUAGGUUUCAUUGAGAGUGUCCGUGUUGGUUGCAUGUCGCUGCUCGGGUUGCUGUUGGGCACAGGAAAUUAAAAGUAGAAUGAAAUGUUUAUAGAAUAUCUAAUUAGUUGACAGAUAAUUUUCUGUUGGUCGACUUAUCA